AUGUUGGUGGUCUUAGUUAUUUUAUUUAUUGGAAUAUAUGCGGACAGUGAUGAAGAUAAAUACGUCGAUCUGCUACCAGAAGAAGAGAAAUUACAGUUCAUAGAACAAGUAGCUAGGCGUAUACUGAAAGACGUAGAAAGUCAAGAGAAUAAAACUAAUUAUGGAAGCACAGAAAUUAACGACGAACAGCUUAAAAGACACAAUGAGUACGUCAAAGCUGUUUUAAAAGAAGAAUCUGAAAAUAUAAGAAGACAAAGCAAGCUUGCUAAAAACACAAGUAAUAAGCCUGAUUCUAAAGAUGAUAGUGAGAUACAUGUAGAACCAUCUGAUCUAACAAUACGCAAUGAUAGAAGAGGUAACGCAAAUCUUGUGGCACCUACUGAUUAUAUUAAAGUUGAGAUCAUUACUGAUGAACUACCUAUUAUAAAGAGAUCAAUCCAAAACGUUGAUCCGACUAGACAUGAUAAAAGUGAUGAGAUCACAGCAGAGAAUUUGACUAGAGUGAAUUCAAGUAACAAAACUGAAAAUGAUGAAAAUAGUACUGUUAAACCGCCAACGAGCUCCACAGAUCGAGAAAAUAUUAUUACGUCUACAGCUUCGAUACCAGAAACCGUAACGGAAACGAAUGACCAUGAAAAUAGUACUGAUGUCAAUGAAAGUGAGGAUGAAGUUACAGAUGAAGAAAAACCUACUACAGUAGAAACAAUUGUGGAUAAAAAAGAUGAUAUAAAAUUAGCACAAGAUAAAAAUAGCGGUUCAAAAGAGACAGACAGUGAAGGUGCAGCUAUAAGUGAUAUAGAUGAACCAUUGUCAAAAAAAUCUACGGACGAAUAUAAUGUUACAGAAAUUAGCAACAUAACAGCUACUACUUCAGCGAUAGAGUUAUUUGGACUUAAAUCAGACGAAAAGAUUUUAGACGAAUCUAAUCAUAUAUCGAGUGAAGAAAUUACAACGGUAAAGGUACGAAAAACUAAAGCUACUACAGACAAAAAUAAUAUAGAAGAUGAAAAGGACGAUACGACUACAGACAAUGAUACGGAUGAACCCAAAAUAAGAGCUGAUGCAGAUUCUGAAAAUGAAGGCACAGGAACAGAAAGUACAACAACAAUAACGACUAAUGUUGAAAAAACAACUCAACCAGUACCUCUUACAACUGAAACUGAAAUUGAAGAAGUAGAAACAAGCGAUCCACUAACAACAGAAUAUCCUGAAACAACAACAGAAUUUAACAUCAUAGUAGAAGAAUUCACUUCUCCUCCGGUAAAUAAAACAAAACAAGUUAAAAAGAAAAAGACGAAACGCAGAGCUAAAGAAAAGAAAAUCAAACAACGAGCUUUAGACCAUACUAGAGAAAUUGCGCCUGAAAUAUUGGUAGGAAGUGACAAAUACGUUGAGACGGAAACAUCGGAAAGUGGUAAAACGAAGGUGCAUAAACUUGGAAAGGUUUUCUUGGGACCCAAAGGUAAAAAGGAUGAAGAAGUUAAAGCUGAGAAACCUAAUCCGGAUAAAAACUUUAUAGAACUGGAGAAAGUUUAUUAUGAUAAUAAUUAUAAAGUGAAACAAGGCAACGGGUAUCAAGUUUAUGAGAUAAGUGCUGACAAAACCCCAUUUAUAAAAGACGAAGUAUCAAUGGUAGAGCAGCCGUUUUACGUUCCUAUUUACAAUUAUGCACCGCAAAAUGCUUAUUUUAACCCAGAAAACCGUCUAGGCCCGAACCCAGGCGACCCAAGUGUAGAAAAACUUGACAUUUCAGCUGAUGACGAAGUUAUAGAGAACUUAUCAGAUUUAAAACCCAAUGAAAAUUACAAUGAAGAAAUAGAAAUAGAAGAAUAUAAUUCCAAAUCAGAUUUAGAUAUCAGAAGAAAGAAAUUUGGCAAUGAACCGAGAUAUAUUUACCAACAGCAGUUUGAUAGCCAAAACGAUCAAGAUUAUGCAGACGUUGAUUAUUAUUUUGGUAGACAAAGUAAAAGGAGAAAUAAUAAAGGUGAACUCAAUACGUUUCCGAACUCUGAUGAAAAUGAUCACCCCACCCAUAGCAUCCAAGAAGGCAAUCUUAAAGAUCACGUAAGAGCGGUUAGAAAUAUACUAUUCCAUCAAAAAUCUUUCGGGCUCCUCGACAAAGAUAAAUACGGUCACGAUGGCAAUGAACAAUUUACUAAGAAAAUUAUCCGUAAAAGAAUAUUGAGACAACGCCAUGUCGGUACAGACAAAAUUAGGCAUCAUGCCUUAAGAAACAGCGUUCCUGAAGAAAGAGAGCCAAAUAAUCAUGAUAAAGUUAGAAAACACCAAAAAGAACAAACAGUUAAAGUGCCAAAACAAUAUAAUGUUGAUAGAGUAAAACUAGACGAGACUGUCUCGAUAGUUGAAAAUAAAGGCAAUGACAUCAUACUUAACGAUGAACAUAUAAAAAAGGUUGGGUACUUAAAGAAUAAUAACAGUACAAAGGAACUUUAUGUAAUUGACGAUUAUUUUAAGCAGAACAUUUUGAAAUUCAUGGAACAUCAAAGACAAAAUGAAAGAGAUCAACUGAACCCAGCCACUCCACUACCACCAACACCACACGGUAAAUAUCUCAAUAUCAAUGACCCAUUCAUAAAAACAGAAAGUUUUUCUGAAAUUAAUAGUUUUGUUGAUGAACAUGAUUUACCCGAAACACACGAAAACGACCUUAAAAAUCAUAAACAUUUUAAAAUAAAGAAUAACUCUGACGAAAAGAAAACAGUGAAGAAACAUCCACUACAUGAAAUUCAAAUCUCAGAACAUAAUAACACAACGGAUGAUAAAAUGCAAGAUUACCAAGAUCUUCUGGAUAAACAUGAAAAACUUAAAGCAGCAUUACUUAAAGAAGUACCUGAAAUUGAUAAUUUAAAGAAGGGGUAUGACGAGAUGAAUUUAAACCUAAAAAACAGAAGGAAAGAUGAGGUUAAGCUUGGCGUUUAUCUGAAAGUACUAAAAGAUAUGAUCAAUACGGACAAUAACGCGUUGAGACAAUACGAUUGGUUAGGUUCCACGGUCGAUAUACAAUCGGCGUUGCAGAAAAUUUAUGAAUUGACUGGCUUAGCAGCAGCUCGACGUAAAUUACACCCAUCAGACAUGGAGAUCCUAAAAUACGUGCUUUUUCUUCAAGAGUUAGGAACAGAGAUAAUUGAGGCAAAUGAUUUCGGAGACCAGCUAAGAAAGAACAUAGCUUUAGACCAAAAUAUUAAGCAGAAGGCCUUACAACUUCUGGAGGGGAAAGGACUUAAAAAUAAAGUCUGGUUGUAUUUAAGGAAAGAGGUACCUGACGUUUAUGAGAUAGGAGCGAUGAGGAAGCUGAAUCGGUUUCUUAUGAGCAUUGAAGAUAAUUUGUUUGAGUUACACGAUGCAGUGAAAAACAUAGCGAAAAUAACGAAAUACAAGAACCAACAUUGGUACGACAAUUUAAGAAACCUGUACAUCAAUACAGAAGAUAAGACUCUUCUAGAACUACUCCUCCAUGUGACUGUAUUAAGAUUAUUUACGCUGAUAGAGGAUGGAACUAAAAACGGCUUGGAAGACAACUAUAUACUUUAUAUGAAGAAAAAUAAGAAAGAAGCCAAAAGAACGCUUGAUGAAAUGAUAUUUGUGAUGCAAAUUUUGGAUGAAUAUAAUAAACUCGUUCGAUAA